AUGGACGCCAACUUCGACAGGGCGGACGCGGACGGUGCAGCAGGAGCGACGCAGGCAUCGGCAGCAUUCGAGGUGCCGCUCGCGUCGUCGAACGAGGUUAUCCCGGUCUCGCUCGACGAUGUCUUCUCCGCCGAGACGGAGGAGAAGGUGCACGAGCUGUUGACCGAGGUCGUCGGUCUUCUGACGACUGAGCAGGCGGCGACAAAGUUCUGGGUCAGGCUCAUCGAGGAGUGCUGGAGGCAGAAGCGAUGGGCUCAGGCGCUCGAACUGGCAGACACGGCUCUCAGGGCCGUCCCCCACAGGCCUGACUACCAACCGCUCGACCUCGUCCCCCUCUACUGCCUGAAGGCCAACUUCAACCUCGCUCUCGCCCGCCGAGCGCCCAAGCAGCGCCUCGAAGACAACCGCACCGGUCCCAUCUCCUUCCCUCGCGACCCUCAUCACCCCGAAUUCGUUCGUCCCGGCAUGCAGCCUUCUCCAACGGGUCCUAUGCUCAAGACCGAGUACGUCAUCCGUGCCGGCAUGGAAAUCAACGAGGCCGAGCGGAUCGACCCGAACAACAAGGUCGUGCUGGACAUUAAGGCUGCUUGGUGCAUGGUGUCGGGCGCUCUCGACCAGGCUCGUCAGAACUUUGAGCAGAUCCUCCGCGAGGAGCCGACCAACCUGAUGGCUCUCAUGGGCCGCGCCCGCAUCCAGUUCUCGCAACGCGCCUUCCGCCCCGCCCUCAAGACGUACCAAGAAGUCCUCCGCCUCGCGCCGAACUUCUUGCCCGACCCGAGGAUCGGUAUCGGCUUGUGCUUCUGGAUGCUUGGAGACCGGGAGAAGGCGAGGAAGGCGUGGGAGAGGAGUAUGCAAGUGAACCCGAACAGCUCGUCGCCCUCGGCCCCGCUGCUCCUCGGCCUGCUCCACCUGAACGCCUCGAAGGACCCGCUCCUUCCCGGCGGACCAGCCUCCCGCUCGGCCGCCUACGAGCGCGGUCUUACGCUGAUCCAAGCGGCUUUCAAGAAGGACAACACGUCUGCCGGUGCCGCCGCGAUGGGUCCCAUCGCCUCGCACCUCCUCCUGCAAGGCGGUCCACUCGCCGCGCAGAACGCGCUCAAGCUCGCCGAGCGCAUGCUCUCCUUCGCCGACGCCCGUCUCCUCCUCGCCGAAGCACACCUCGCCCGCGCCCGCGCACUCGACGCCGAUCCCUCGACAGCCGAGUUCGGCGGAGCGCUCAUUCUCCAGUCCUACCAGCGCGCGAUCGAGGCGAACCCUGACCUCGUCAUGGCGCAUCUCGGAGCGGGAGCCAUGUGCGUACGAAUGGACCAGCACCCUCAAGCGAUCUUUGCUUUCGAGACGGUCCUCCGCCGACACCCCAAAUGCAUCGAGGCGCUCGUCUGUCUCGCCUCGAUCCACACGCAUCUCGCCUUCACCUUCCACGCCGUCAGCGAUGCCUCUGGUGCGCGCAAGAGCGCCAAGGAAGCGUACGAGCAGGUUCUGCGUGUGUUCGCAACGGGCAAGGAGGCUGUCGGAUCGGGCGAGGGAGGCGGAGACCGCGGAAUCGCCAAGAGCGAGCGCGUUCGCGUCCUUGCCGAGGACAGGGAUCUCUUCAUCGAGAUCGCCAAGCUGUGGAGCGACGAGUUGAGCGUCGAGCGGAGCUUGCAGGCUUAUCAGCAGGCGGCGAGAAUUGAGGCGGACAAGGCAGAGGCGGAGAGGGAGGAACGCGAACUGAAGGCCGAGGACGACCUGUACGCGACGCAACAGUUGCAGGAGGACGUCGGACCAGACGCCGUCGACCCGCGCAUCAGGAACAACAUCGGCGUCCUGCUCUUCAACCGCCGACCGCUCUCGAGCUCGUCUGCCGCCAACGGGUCGAACUCGCAUCUCAUCCGCGCGCAAGAGCAGUUCGAGGCGGCUCUCGAAAAGGCUGGCGAGAUGUUCGCCAAGGCAGGUGGCGUUCUCAACGGUGGAGAACUGGACGCCGUCAUGACGACGGUCAGUUACAACCUCGCGGCCUGCUACGAGGCGCUUGGCGACCUCGAAAAGGCGAGGUCCGGUUGGGAGUCGCUCUUGUCGGGUCAUCGGGAAUACGUUGACGCCAAGGCCCGCCUCGCCCUCCUCGGCCUCAAGUCUCGCACCGAGUGGGACAGCGCGCACGAUCUCAUCAAGCAAGCGCUCACGUCGUCUUCGCAAAAUGCCGAACUGCGCGCGCUCUACAUCUACUUCCUCUUCGAGACGGGCGCCUACGCCAACGCUCGCGACUUUGCCCGCGCGACGCUCAAGGAGAUCUCGCGCCACGACGUCUACGCCUUGUGCGCGAGCGGGCUGUUGUGCUACUUCGAGGCGAGGGAGAACAAGAAGCAGGGCAAGGAGGCGCAGCGCGACCGUGUCGCCAAGUUCACCCGUGCGGCCGAGUUCUACGACAAGGCGCUCCAGCUCCAGCCUCAAUGCGCUUUUGCGGCGCAAGGUCUCGCGAUUGGGAUUGCGGAGGGCACGCUCGGGAAUGGGCCAACCGAGGCGAACGGCGCGGCGGCGAACCCUGCGGCGCCAGGUCAGCCUGCUCAGCCGCUCACUGAGCACCAGGCGAGGUUGCGCAACGCGAGGGACGCGCUCGGUGUGUUGGCCAAGGUCAAGGAGAGCGUCAACGAGGCGAGCGUCUACGUCAACAUUGGACACUGCCACUUUGCGCGCGACGAGUACGACAAGGCCAUCGAGAACUACGCCACCGCCUCGCGCCGCUACCUCAACAACAAGCGCUCGACGGUCCUGUGGUACCUCUCUCGCGCGUACUACCACAAAUCAGUUCGCGAGCAAAACUUCGGCGACCUGCAGCACGCGAUCGAGGUCGGCCAGGAAGCGACGGACCUCUAUCCGAAGGACCUCGCCAACUUGUUCAACAUGGCAGUCUUGAAGCAGAAGGGCGUCGAGAUCUUGUAUGCGCUGCCGGCGGAGAAGCGGACGUCGGCGGAGUUGCAUGCGGCGUUUGAGCACUUGCAGGCCUCUAACGCCCUCUUCGACGACCUCGCUGCCGACCCUACGCAGGUGCCGCCGUACGAGAAGGAAGUCCCUCGCCAGCGCCGCAGCUACGGUCGUUCUCUCGAGUCUCGCUUCCAGUCGAUCCUCGAGGCGCAGCAGGCGUACGAAGAGACGGAGCAGGGCAAGCUCGAGCAGGCACGGCGGUUGCGCGAGGCGGAGCAGAAGAAGCGCGAGGAGGCCGAGGCGGAGCGGUUGGCGCAGAUUCAGAGGCAGGCUGAGGCGCUUGCUGAGCAGCGGAGGAGGAUGAGGGAGGAGGCGGAGCAGUGGGCAGCGAUGAGCAAGGAGUGGGCCGACUCGGACGACGAGGACGGCAAGAAGAAGCGCGGCGGAGGCGGCAAGAAGCGCAAGUCGACCAAGAUGAAGGGCGGCGACGACGAGGGCCUUGCGGAGACGACCGACAGCGAAGGCGAGGUCGACAAGCCUGCCAAGAAAAAGCGCGCAAAGAAGGAGAAGAAGGAGAAGACCAGCAAGAAGGGCAAGGGCAAGGCUGCUGCCGGCGACGAGGCAUCUGGGCGCAUGGCGGUCGACGAGCAGUACGACGAGGACGGCGAGGAGAUGCCCGUCAAGGCGCCACGCCGCCGCAAGGGCAAGUCGAGCGGCCAGGUCAAGUCGGCCGAGUUCAUCGAGGACUCGGACGAGGACGAGUGA